AUGAAGUCUCGAAGAGGCUCACUCUUUCCUUGCACAAUAGCUUCAAGGGACGCCACCGUCUUUGGUUGUGUCCUUGAAGCAGUGAAGUGGGUUGUGAACUCGUCACUGAGUUCGCUCCAUGAGUUGAUGGAGUUUCUCCGUGAGACGGUUAACCUUACAGAAGAAUGCAGUGCCUUCAUCCAAAAUAAAUUGCCACCAAAGCUUAAAGACCCAGGCAGUUUUUCCAUACCUUGUGUCAUAGGGUCAGAAGUAGUGAAGAAAGCUAUGUGUGAUCUAGGAGCCAGUGUCAGCCUAAUGCCUUUAUCCCUUUACGAGAGGUUGGGAAUAGGGGAACUUAAAUCGACAAGGAUGACCCUACAACUAGCGGACCGUUCUGUUAAGUAUCCAGCUGGAAUCAUAGAAGAUGUCCCCGUUAAGGUAGGAGAGGUAUACAUCCCCGCUGAUUUUGUUGUAAUGGAGAUGGAGGAAGACAACCAAGUACCAAUUCUUUUAGGAAGACCUUUUCUUGCUACUGCAGGAGCCAUCAUUGAUGUAAAAAAGGGUAAGCUUGCUUUUAAUGUCGGUAAAGAGACUGUUGAAUUUGAACUUGCUAAACUAAUGAAAAGUCCUUCCAUUAAAGACUCUUGUUGCAUGAUAGACAUAAUCGACCAUUGCGUGAAAGAGUGCUCUUUAGCAUUAACUACACAUGAUGGUUUGGAAGUAUGCUUGGUAAACAAUGCAGGUACAAAACUGGAAGGUGAGGCAAAAGCUUAUGAAGAGCUGUUGAAUAGAACUCCUCCAAUGGAAGGUCUAAGUGUGGAGGAGUUAGUAAAAGAAGAACCAGCACUUCUACCCAAGGAGGCACCGAAAGUAGAGCUUAAACCGCUUCCAUCAAACCUAAGGUACGAAUUCUUGGGCCCUAACUCUACCUAUACCCUGUUAUUGUAA